UUGUUGGGCCGAAUAGUCGCGCAUUUUGAAAUUUGGGCCGUAGACCGUAGUAUAACACCGUCUUCAAUAUAUACAUAGUAAGUGAUACGGUAUAGCCAGCCAAUAGCGCCUAGACGUCACAGCGGCAGCAAACAACGUUGGAUAGAUUUAGCAAAAGACAAAAAAAAUAAUUCAGUUUGAAACGCAAGGUGCACAUACAAAUACAGCGUUGAGGAACAAGACGACAGACAGAAUUCUGGUUGAAGGCGUUAAUGUUGAGAUUCAGAUUCUGAGACUCUGUUUGAAUUUUUGAGACUUGUUGUAGAAUCAUCAUCAUUGUCGUCGUGGUCGUUAAUAUACAUAGUUCUAGUCUUGUCCGUGAGUUAAUUCUGUGCGUUCGCGUCAUCGUAGUCGUCGUCGUUGUUUUUCCGUAUUUUGCAACUACGCGCCCAAGAUGAUGAGCAGCACCAGUGCCAGUACCAGCACCAGCAGCAACAACAACAGCAAGAAUAAGAGCGAACUGGAAAUGGACUCCUCAUCCAUAUUCCUGAAAUACAUGGAAAAGUGCUAUACCAUGCCAUCGGAUCUGAAGAAUGACAUUAUCUACUGCCAGCGUGCAAUGAGGGACUUUCUUAAAGUACAUGCGCUGGUAUCCGAUGUCUUCAAGGAGCAGGCCGAUGCGGAUCCUGUGCAGAUGCAGCGCAUAUUGAAUGAACUGGAGGAGGAGGUGUACGAAAUCAAUGCCGAGAAUCAGUUCCUGAUGCUGCACCUGAAGGACGACCUGCAGCUAUUUUAUAAGAAGCUGCAGGACAAUGGCAUAGAAAGUGUACCUGAACUGGCCAACGAGUAUAUCUCGGGCCUCCUAGUGCCUUUAAUUGGCGAUGCCAGCUACAAAAUUUAUCCACAAAACGUUGUGGAGCGCGACAAUGAACAGAUGCUCAUACGCAAGCAUUUCCUGCUCUCGCAGGAUGAGGAGGACGGCGUGUCGCGUCCGCCGCUCAAGCUCAGCGAACUCGAUGAGGACAUACCACUGAUCAUGAUGGAUGAUGCCGAUAAGGUGGAUGUUGGAGCCGCUGGUGGCGUCGGCGUUGAUGCCCUUGCCGAUCCUGGUGCUGCAGCCAAUGUCAAUGUCCGUGGAACCGACAUUAACGACCUCUUCGACAGCGCCUCUCAGAGCGAAGCGGAACAGCUAAGCAUCUUGAAGAAGCUGGGAGAGGUGACAAUAAGUGCCCACCCCAAGCCGCAUUCCAGUGGAGGCAACAUAUGUGGUCCAGGCUUAACUAGCGAGGUGGCCGUCAUGAUCGUGCCUGACAAGGUGCUUAAGGCACAACGCGCCGCGGUGAAAGCGGCCAAGGAGCAACGCUCGCUGCUCAUACCACGCUCCACAGUAAGCGGUAUGGGUGCUGUGGGUGGCUUUAGCUGCAGCGGCGGCGGUGACGAUGCAGCUCAGUUGCUGGAGCCGAAAGUAGAAUAUCAGUAUACUAGACGCUUGACCAGGUCGCCGCCACCUUUGGCGCCCAUUUCGAACACGCAGGCACAAGAUGUGACCACAUCCACCAACGCUGUGGUGGCAUCAACCUCGACGGGGGCGCCGGCCUCUCCGCCCGCCUACGAUGGCGUCGAGCAGAGUCGCAUGAAUUUGCGGCAGGCAUUGAAGCGUGCACGCAAAACCAAACAGCAGCCGCGUCUCAUCGACGACGAACCCUCCCUGGAGGUGACCAACGCCGAGGGUACGCGCAAAAUCAAGCUGAACGAGCAUGUGCCCAGUCCCCCCAAACCAGAAGUCAAGCAGCCCAUUCCGAAAGCCAGCAAAGUUCAAGUUGAGGUCGGCCGCAAACCAAAUGCAGCAGCUAUUUCUGUUCUUGGAGCGGCAACUGGAGGCCAACCCAAACAGCAUAAGACGCGCAAGAUUCGCAAACCGGAAGGUGCUGGCUCGCCGCCUCCACAAACCUAUUCGCCCACCCAUUUAGGAUCGACUUCGUCGUCGCCAGCCUGCACAUCCUCUGAUGAUUCCAAUCACGAGCUCUAUGAACAGCAGCGUCUCAGCGCCUUUUGGGACGAUGAGCCGCGCGAGACGCGCGUAAAGCCAGAGGAGUAUGGUCAGGAGUUGUUCCUCCGCCUUUUCGAGCUUUACACACCCGAAGUGCUGAAGAAGCUGAGUCAGCGGCACUCCAAGCGUAAGCGUCGUACAGUACAGAAUGCUAGCGGCAUCGUCUUUCAUUACGGCCAGCAGAUGCCCAGUCUGGAUGUGGCACGCCUUAAGAAACAGAAACAGGCCAAGCCCGAGUUUCUGCUCUCGCCCAAAGAAAAACGUUUGCAAGCCAAGAAGGCGAGCAAACCCGCCGGCAGCGGCAACGGUUCCGGCCGCAAAAGCAAGAGUCAAAGUCCCGAUAAGGUGGACACUACGGAGGUGUCGCUCUCCAGCGACCGUGCCAACAAUGUCAAGGCUGUGAUAACCACGGAUGUGAAGCCCAAGUACAAAGAUUGCAAGAAACGUCCAGAUAACGUGCUGCUUUGCGAGAGCUGCCAGGUCUUGAGCUACGUUAACUGCGAUGAUGAUGUCGUCGGAGGAGGUGCCACCAGCAAGGGCGUGCGUCCACUAUCGCUGACCAAGUGCUCCAGAUGCUUGCGCGAUCUGAGCAGCAAGGCGCGUCCCAGCAAGCCGGCGCUUUGAGCACGAGAGGUCGGCAUAGCUGUCGUCUCUGAGGCGCUAAUGUGACGCUCACGUUCAGAAAGUUUCCAUCACCCUCUUCCCCGCCUCGUCAGCAUAGCAAUCAACCAAGUCAUGCGGCUCUUUGUUUUAAAAUCUUGCGCCAGAAGUCGUGCACAGACACAGACACAUACUAUACACCUACACCUACACACACAUUCAUCCAUCCAUCCAUCCAAUAAUCCACAUCUCUAGCUAUUAAUAGCAGCGGCCCUUUGUCAACCGGACUCACUACACAAUAUAUCCUUCUCUGUCCCCCUCUGCUUAUACACGGACCAGCAGGUAUACACACCCCUGUACUGGGUCAUUAGGGAUAGAUAAGAUUAAAGUUCCGGUUUCAUUAGCGCAUCAACGACAGGCGCUAACUUUUAAACUAUGUAUGUGUCUCGGACUCCCCAUCCACUUUUGGAAUCUUUCUGCUUUGUUUUCGUUUCCAGUACUAGCCGUUAUCUGAAAAAUUGGUAGAAUUUAAUUCGAACUAGAGAUCUAGUUCAGCUGUUUGUACUAAAUUGAACAACUAUACACUCAUUUAAAUUUAUGUAGUUUUUUUUUCAAUACAUUUUAUUUUUUCUGACCGCUUUGUGUAUUCGUUAAACAUUUUAAACAAAAUCUAGAUAUAUAGUAUAUGCAUACAUUAUAUACGUCGUUAAAAUCGCUGCCCAUGUGCACCCGACUUGAAGUCGCGAAGUCAUGCAAUGUGAGAGUUCUUAAAUGAUAAAAUAAAAAACAGAUAAAAACUA